GCCGUUUCCGCCUUGGCCUGUCGCCGGGCCAUGGGCCACGGAUUCCUGUCUUGCCGGUCGCCGCGAGGAGGCACAACGCGCGAAGAGGCUCAGCACGUGCAGGCGGGGAGCAAAGGCGGCACUGGUCUCGCGGAGUCGCCAGAGCCACAUUUUUGUGGAUCCUCCUCCACCGAAUGACUCCAGAGAGCGUGAUUCUCGGGGCUCCACCGCCAAAACCGUGUCCGUUCACCCCGCUUGGAAGGGCUCCAGCAGCAGGAGCCGGUUUUUGGAGCUGGAGCUUAAGCCCUUCCAAACAUGGCCUAUCUGAAGAAGUCAGCUGCGUAGGACUAGGAAAAGGGGCGUAGGGUGAGCUGGCCAAUUUUCAGACGUUGGAUGCUUCCUGACUCCUGAGUUGCCGAGAUCAGGUGCUACACUGCUACUGCUACGAAACGAACCUCGCCUUCCUCCUCUUUCCCUCCCUCGACCCACCGCCGCCGCCGCCACCUAAGGGCUCCAGCCCCGCGCCGCCGAGCUAUCGAGCUCAGGCGGAAGAUCUUUCCCCGGGAUCUGAUCCCUCGAGCUCUCCCCUCACUCCGCGCCGUCCCUCAGCUCCUGUUCCCCCACUGCGCAGCCUGUCCCCCUCCCUCGCGUCCUCUUAUCUGCUUAGCUUGAUUCUACGAAAAUCGGCACACUCAGUUGUGCAUGACUACAUUGGUUCGGCUCGCCGGAAGAUCAGCUUCCUGGAGCAGGAGUGGCAAAUCGGCGGUGCCCUCUGGUCUCGGCUUGUUUGCACAGCGUCGGAGGGCGUUUCAGGGGGUGAGAAUGGCGAAUGCUGGCAGUAAGAGUGGGCGAGGUGCUCUGAUUGUACUGGAAGGGUUGGACCGGAGUGGCAAAUCGUCACAGUGUGCUCGGCUGCUGUCCUAUCUGGAAGGCCAAGGUUGCCGUGCUGAAGGGUGGCGCUUCCCGGAUAGGGGCACCAGUGUUGGGCAGAUGAUCUCUGCCUACCUAGCUAAUGAGUCGCAGCUUGAUGACAGAACGGUUCAUUUGCUCUUCAGUGCAAACCGCUGGGAGAAAAGGGCUUUGAUGGAAAGCAAGCUACUUGAUGGAACUACUCUCAUCGUAGAUCGUUAUUCUUAUUCUGGAGUGGCUUUCUCAGCUGCUAAAGGGCUUGAUAUUGAAUGGUGCAAGUCUCCAGAUGUUGGACUUAUAGCUCCAGAUCUUGUAAUUUAUCUGGAUGUACAACCAGAGAAAGCGUCUGAAAGAGGGGGCUAUGGUGGUGAGCGAUAUGAAAAGGUUGAAUUCCAAAAGAGAGUUGCAGAUCAUUAUCAUUCACUCUGUGAUUCGACAUGGAAGAUUGUUGAUGGUUCCCUUUCCAUGGAGACCGUGGAAGAACAGCUGAGAGAACUGGCUACGAACUGCAUUCAGGAGUCUCAAGAGAAGCCACUUACCAAUCUGACUUGGUGAAGCGCCACCAUCCCGUGAAGAAACACAGCUCAGCAAAGGCUGAUACAUCCGCGUCUUUAUGUGAUCCACACCGUUGCUGGUGAUGAGAAAUUAGGCAUCUGGCAGAGCUUUCAUUUACCAUUCUCUCUAUCACCAUCCCGCGUACAAUAUACAAUUCCACAUUUGAUUGGUGUUUUCAGAUAACAUUCUUUCUACGCUUAUUUCUCAGAAAGUUUAUCUGCUGGCGUUCAGGUUGCGUCGUACUAAAGCAGAACGUGAGGAUACGAAACACUUGACUUCUCGGAUUUCAUGGCUAUACAAAUAUACAAUUGCUGCUGGACUGAA